AUGGCUGUCAACAUGGCCUGGGCCGCGCAGUGGGCGGCGCUCGGCCCGUACCUGAGCACGAUGCUGCCCAACUACGCCGUGCAGCUCACGAGUGUCAUCGGCCCAGUGGUGGGCAUCAUCUUUGGCCCCGUGAUCGGAGUGCUUAGCGACCGCAGCACGUCGCACUUCGGCCGGCGCCGGCCCAUUCUCGUCGUUAUGGGCGUGCUCAGCAUCAUCUGCUGGAUCCUCAUGGGCUACACGAGCGAGAUCGGCGAGGCGCUGGGCGACGUGGGC